AUGAACGAAGGGUGCGGGGAAGGGCGAGGAGGGACCCGCGGGGGCAGAGUCAGUGACGUGCCCACCAGCCGGAGACACUCGGCGCAGCGCUGGUUCCGGCGGCACAAGGCAGCCGGGGGCUCCUCAGGCAGCGCCCGCUCCGCCCGGCGCUCUCCCUCCGCCCGCCAUCCCGCCUUGUUCUCUGCUGGCCGGGGCGGGGCCCCCCUCGCAGCUGCCACCCUGAAGUUUCUGGCCGUGCUCCUGGCCGCAGGGAUGCUCGCGUUCCUCGGUGCAAUCAUCUGCAUCAUCGCGAGCGUCCACCCUGCGGCCAGCCCCGCCGGAGCUCUCCGGGGUGCUGACAAUGACUCCAGCGCCGCCGCCGCCAAGGGGCCCGGCGCUCUCCACGGUGCUGGGCAGAGCUUCUCGGGCGGCCCGCAGGACUCCCUGCUGGAGCUGCUCUCCGCCAGCGCCCGGCCCCGCCAGCAGCAGCAGCAGCAGCAGCACCAGCCGCUCUUCAGCCGCUUCCUCUGCACGCCGCUGCCGGCCGAGUGCCCCUCCGACAGCCCCGCGCCGGGGGACGGCCCCGCGCCCGCCGAGGACCGCUUCUUCCUGCACGCCGCGGCCGAGCAGCUGAGGCAGACGGCGCUGCAGCAGAGGGACCAGAUCCUGAGCGACCAGGAGACCAUCCGCGAGCUGACGGGCAAGCUGAGCCAGUGCGAGAACGGGCUGGAGCUGAGCUUCCAGGACAGCGCCGCUCUCUGGGGCGGGCCCGGCAAAGACACCAUGGGCGACCUGCCCUGGGACUCGCCUGCCAUGGUCCAGGAGCUGGAGGAUGCUGUCCGGUCGCUGAAAGACAGGAUCGACAAGAUAGAGCAGGAGCUCCCAGCACGAGCCAACAUCUCCACCUCCUCCUCCCCUGUGCUGACCCGAGAUGUGCUCCACACCAAGAUGGAGGAGCUAGAGGAGCAGCUUCUCUCCAAGAUACUAUCUCUGGAGAAAGAACGCUCCUCCGUUACCAGCAACAAUGACCAGCAGCAACAAGAGGUGGAGAAGGAGCUGAGCGUUCUCCAGAGCCGGGUUUCUGAGUUGGAACAGGAGCACCCAGGAGCACCACACUUUCACCCUCCAAAUGCCUACAAGGUGACCAUCCCCGUAAGGACCAACUACAUGUACGCGCGCAUGAAGAAGAGCCUGCCGGAGCUUUUCGCCUUCACAGUCUGUAUGUGGCUGAAGUCCAAGGCCUCCUCAGGGCUGGGCACUCCUUUCUCCUAUUCUGCCCCCGGGCAAGCCAAUGAGAUUGUGCUGAUGGAGUGGGGACACAGCCCCAUGGAGCUGCUCAUCAACGAUAAGGUUGCCCAGCUGCCCCUGAAUUUGAAGGAUGGGACAUGGCACCACAUCUGCAUCGCUUGGACCACCCGGGAUGGCGUAUGGUGGGCGUAUGAGGACGGUGAGCAGCGUGGAUCCAGUGAGAACCUGGCCGCCUGGCAUCCCAUCAAACCCCACGGGGUGAUAAUCCUGGGCCAGGAGCAGGAUACGCUGGGCGGGCGAUUUGACGCAACCCAGGCCUUCGUCGGCGAGAUAGCUCAGUUCAACAUGUGGGACCAUAUCCUGACACCCACCGAGAUCCUGGGCCUGGCCAACUGCACCUCCCACCUGCAAGGCAACGUGAUCCAGUGGGACGAUGAAGUGGUGGAGGUCCUUGGGGGCGCCACCAAGUGGAGCUUCGAGAUAUGUGAGGAGAGGAUGAAGGCAUGAGAACUCCCCCACCCCCACCCAUGGAAAGGAGCAUGACAGCAACUUCCCCUGCCUCCACGCCACCUAAGGAACAAGGCGUCAGGGAUCCCCUUUUUCCCAAAUAGAAACAUCUUGAGUUCUGAAUCCACUCGGGGAGGGAGGUGGGAGGGGCAAGAAAACCAUCUGAACUCAAAGAAAUUUGACGCUGUUUGUUUUAUUGUGCCAGUUAAGGCCUAUUUGAGGGGUAACAAGUGAGUGGCAAGGUUCUCCACCAACCAUCCAUACAAUGGCACCACCAGGGGGCCGCUCUGGUGUGGGGAUGGGGGAGCCAUAGGUACACUGGGAACUACCGAGCCAACAUUUCUCCUCUCCUCACAUCUUGUUGCUAGCAUUGCCAGUCUGGCGUGGGUACUGGGUGGAACUGCAAAGGCCGUAGAGCCUAGCUUGGGGGGCACUGGUCCUGGGAAAACCAUUGGCUGAUUGGGAAUAUCCAAGCUAAUAUUUCUCUGGUCACUCCAUGUUCCACUGGGAGUGUCACAGUGAUAAACCUUCCUCCAAAUAUUGCUCCAUGGUCCUGCCAGCUGGGAUUCCCCUUGGAUUCCCCCCGUCUCCUAUAGCUACCGACACCUGAGUUCCACAGAGGACUUAACAGGUUUUGUUCAUUUCCUCUUGCCACAAGUGGGCCAAACUUAUCCUGGGUAGAAGUUAAUGCUUUAAGGCUGAGUUUCUCACAGCUGCCUAGGGGCAUUUGGAUGCUCAAACCCAGUGGUUCUCAAACUUUUGUACUGGUGACCCCUUUCAUACAGCAAGUGUCUGAGUGCACCCCCCCUUAUAAAUUAAAAACACUUUUUUAUAUAUUUAACACCAUUAUAAAUCCUGGAGGCAAAGCAGGGUUUAGGGUGGAGGCUGACAGCUCACAGCCCCCCCUGUAAUAACCUCACGACCCCCUGAGGGGUCCAGACCCCCAGUUUGAAAACCCCUGCUCAAAUCCCAUUUAGUUUGAGCUUCGACAUCCUGUAGACAGAUUUGAGAAAUCAGACUUAAUAUUCACUACAUGAAAAAGUCUUGUAGCCUCUGAACGAUGGGGGACAAGAACAAGCCCCUGAUUGAUUCUCAAAAGCUGUCCCAUUUCUGUUUCCUUUCUUAAAAUAGGAUUGUUCAUUCCCUCCACUCCUCCCACGUCCUCUUUAAAUCACCUGAAAGGGAGACUGUGAACACAAAACUCACAGGGCCAGAUUCAUUCCACUGUCCCAGGCCCUGGUGGAGAGCUCACAGUGGGAGGAAGUCAGCCUAAAACAAGGGGGAGGGUGAUGCAAGGAACUCCUUGCCUGGGAUCAAUCCAGUCUCAGAAGUGAAUGGUGCUGUGUAGGGGAAGGGUGAAAGCAAGACUGGGUAACAGCUGGUGCAGCCUCAGUGUGCAGGAGUUGUGGGCAGACUGUGUGGACCCCUGCACCCACACCCUGCCAUGGAGCACGCAGUGGGGGCACUAAUUGCCUUCUCCUAGAGGUGCGCUCUCCCCUCAGCCUGGUACAAUUUGCAACUGCCUGCGGAAGCAGGGGGUAAAUCUGUCCCACAAACUUAAAACAAAAGCCUUGACUGUGUUAAGCCUGCCAGCCCCUCCUAGUACUGAAGCCUACAGAGUUAGAACUUGCGAAGGGCUUGCAUACUCCAGAAAGUUUUGCUGGUUUAACUGUACUGGUAUAGUUAAAGUAGCAAACAAAACAAACUAACCCCAACUGUAGUGUGGAUGCAGUUGUACUGGUAUCAAAAUACUUAUACUGGUUUGGCUUAUUCUGGUUCAGGAAGCAGAAUAAACUAUGCUUGUAUAAGGCACUUUAUACUGAUACAAAUAUAACUAUUUUGGUUAAAAGAAAUCACACACAUCCCCAUGCAACACUGAUAUCCUGUAAAACUUGUAAAUGUAGACCAGGCCUGUGACUGGGAUUUGCAAAGGAGCCUAAGGGAGCCAGACACUCAGCUCUCAUUGAAAUUCAAUGGGAUUUGGGCACAUAACUCCUUUAGGCUCUUCUGCAAACCCCAGCCUGAUUGCCUUAUCCUUAUUGAUGCAAUUUGUUUGCUUUUUGCAUGUCACUGAGCUGGGACCACAAAACAAACCUAGUCAGUUUCACUUUCUGCUUUAGUUAGUUUCACUUCCUAAUUCCCACACCCUAGCCUGAUGCUGUUGUGUUUGGAUUUUCAAUAGGCCAAUUCUCCUUGAAAAACAUUGUUUUUUCCCCCAAUGCCCUGACAUUUGUCAUAGUAGAUUUUGUUAGGCCAUGCUUUUACCACACGUAAAUGCAGGGCCUAAAGCUACUUGACAGCAUUGCCUUCAACCUAUUACUGUCCCUACCCAUCAACCCCCUCCAAUCCCAGAUAAUCAAAUAUGUCUUACAUCCUCUCGGAAAGCAGGCAGUUACAACCAAUUGGAUGGGUGGCAAAGCUAAUGCCAACUUUACUGAUAUUUUUUUAUGUAUAGCUAUAUUUAUAUAAUAUGACUCAAACUCUCAUCAGCAAACCCUUUUUAUUCCAAAGAAUACAGUAAAUGCAAACACAUACACACAUUUAUACUAUAUAGGGAGUGGUGAUAGCCACAUGAAAUAUGCAUUUAUCAGGCACUGUUGGGUUUCCUCCCUGCACUCUGUCCAAUAAGCCAUCUCCAUUAGAAAUACUUCUAGCAUUCCAAACCUCUGAAGUGAUUUAAACAGCUGCCUUUAAAAAACAGCCAACCUGCCAAGAAAUGUUCCCUAAGUCUCCCUGCUCUAGAAUGUUCCCCUCACCAAAAUUACAAAGCUGGAGGCUCAGGAUGCCCACCCAUGGACAAGGGCCAAUAUCUUGGGACACACCAAAGUUAAAAUCAGAUGCUUUUACCACUGACAAGGAGUUUUUGUUUCCAGCUCUAAUAGAUCAGGAGGUAGCUUGGCCUCAAAAUCAUGAUGUGACGGUGGAUUAGAAAGGCCUUUUAGAGGUUUUAAAAAAGCACAAGUUGACCUUUCCCUCUGGGCGGUAAAAAAGUAGAUAGAAACAGCGUAGGAGCUUUCUCUGCACUGGGGUAGAGGGACAGGGGAGCUGGGAGGCUGCACCAUUUGCUCAAAGCAGGGAGAGAAAGGGGAGUGCUCCCUCUGCUUUUAGCAGGGGGGAUGGAACUGUGCUCUGUCCUUUACUUUCACCCCGCCUUUGAGACGUGUACAGUUAGACUCCUGGUAUGCAGGGAAGAGGGACGCAAAGUAGUUCCAAUAAUGUUGUUAAAACCUCUCCACCAUUUCUUAAAGCAUUUUUCUGUGGCCUAAACAGACUCUCUGAUGAGGUGGGGUGAUCUGAGUGUUCUAUUGGUACUGAAUUAGGAUGACCUGAAUAACUCGCUCAGAGCCGUGCCACCCAGGAAUAAUAUGGUCAUCCCAUGCUGCUCCAGCCUUUCUACCACACCAGCAUGCGUUCUCUUUCUGUGCUAUAUAUUUCAUCUACUGUGUGUAUGGAGAGAUUGAGCCAGAUUAAACUCUGGUUUAUGUUAAAGCAGCUCCAUUGUAGUCAACUGAGUUUCAUUUGCACCAGGUCCAAAUCUGAUUGGCUGUAGCAUAGAAACUGGUGUGUUCUCUCUGAGCCAAUCAGAAUGCAGUUUUUCAAAGCUGGGAUUGCCACUAGGUGGUAUGUUCCUUUGCUCAGCCUUCUUUCCCCAUGCAGGGAUUUGGGGUGGGCAUGUCCCACUUGCAACCAGGACUGGGAAACAUGCAGACAAAAA